AUGCUGCGUUCAUGUUCACCUCUUGAACCUUUCGACGAGAUUUAUCUGAAGGAACAAAAUAUCAAACAUCUGUCUUUUCAUUCGUAUCUCAGGAAGCUCACUGCCGGAGUUGAUAGGGGCAAGUUUAUACAAUUAGACGACAUAAGCUGCCGUAUAAAGACUGGCUGCAAGGACCAUCCGCCGUGGCCGCGAGGGAUUUGCAGCAAGUGCCAACCGAACUCAAUCACUCUGAACCGCCAGACUUAUCGGCAUGUGGACAACGUCAUGUUCGAAAAUGCUAGUUUAGUAGAACGUUUUCUUAAUUACUGGCGCUAGCACUGGGCACCAACGCAUCGGCUAUCUGUACGGAAGAUACGAAGUGCAUUCGGAUGUUCCGCUAGGAAUAAGAGCAGUCGUUGCGGCCAUAUACGAACCACCGCAGGUACAUAGCGCUCGUACACAA